AUGUUUCAGGAAUCUGCGACAUACUCCCUUUUCCUGUUCCUUUUUCUGGGUCAUGGAGUGGCAAUUCACAGAAUUCCAAGUUUCAGGCAGGAUUUGCAUCCAUUAUUGCAAAAAAUGGCGGAAGAAAUAAUAGAUGGAAGCUAUCUGAAUGCAUUACUGGACCUCAUACAGUUCCGAAGCUCCCACGAGUGGACGUCAGACCUGUCCCACAGAAUCUUGGCCUAUCUGAAUUCACGGAGUGUUUCCUUCACCAUCCCUAGCCUGCAGGCAGCCAUGGAAAACCACCUGGAACAGUGUCUGUACCGGCCCCAGAAGCUGCUGGAGGACCUGAGGAAAACGGAUGCUCUGCAGCUCCACACUGUUUUGAAAGGCCUCUUAGAAGAUAAGAAGGAGCGCCUGGAUCUGCAAGAUAUCGUCAUUGACCUGGGAGAGAUUCGAGAACAAGCCUUACGGAGCCCUGGUGUCAAUCGCAGCCUGUUUCUCAUCACUCUGGAGAGGUGUUUCCAAGUGUUGAACUCCCUGGAGUGUGUGGAGAUCCUGGGCAGGUUGCUGAGGGGGUCCUCAGGCAGCUUUCUCCAGCCAGACAUCACGGAGAGGCUCCCUCGGGACCUGCGUGAGGAUGCCUUUAAAAACCUCUCUGCAGUGUUCAGAGACCUCUACGACCAGACCUCAGCUCACGCCCAGAGAGCUCUCUACUCCUGGAUGGCUGGGAUUCUGCAGACAUCCUUCAACACCACUGAUGACUCUGUUUCAUGGGUCAGUGCAGAAAACUUAUGGAUUUUGGGCAGAUAUAUGGUUCAUCUAUCAUUCGAAGAAAUUAUGAAACUCAGUCCUAUAGAAAUUGGGCUGUUUAUCAGCUACGACAACGCCACCAAGCAGCUAGACACGGUCUAUGACAUCACACCCGAACUGGCGCAGGCGUUCCUGGAGAGGAUCCGCUCCUCCGGCUUUGACAUGAGGAAUACCUCCACCAUCCACAGGUUGGGGCUGCUGGUUUGUUUCUACGAUGACCUGGAGCUGCUGGACGCGGCGGUGGCCCAAGUCCUCCUUCAUCAGAUGAUCAAGUGCAGCCACCUGAGGGGCUUCCAGGCUGGAGUUCAGAAGCUCAAAGCUGACCUCCUGGACAUCGCCACAGAGAACCAGACCCUCAAUGAGACUCUGGGCUCGUUGUCCGAUGCAGUUGUCGGUUUGACCCACAGUCAGUUGGAAUCCCUCUCCCCUGAGGCUGUGCAUGGCGCCAUCUCUACUCUCAACCAGGUCUCAGGCUGGGCCAAGAGCCAAGUCAACAUCUUGUCUGCCAAGUACUUGGCCCAUGAGAAGGUUCCAUCCUUCUACAAUGUCAGCCAGAUGGGCGUGCUGCUGGCGGGGGUGGGCACCCAGGCCUUCUACAGCAUGGACCGCAAGGACCUCGUGCAGGUCCUGAGAAGCACCGUCUCCCAGCACAUGUCCGACUUGUCCCCUGCCCAGCAGCAGGGUGUCCUCAGCAAGCUGAUGGAAGCAGGAGGUACUGCCCCAGGCAUUGUGGAGAUACAGGGGGCGUUCUUUAGGGAAGUGUCUCUCUUUGAUUUAUGGAGGGAACCUGGCUUCAACUCUACAGUCCUGAAAGAAAAGGAGCUUCGGAGAAGUCAGGCCUUGUUCCUGUAUGAGCUUCUGUUCAAGUCGACCAGAAGGCCCGAGGAGCUCCUGAGUGCUGGGCAGCUGGUCAAAGGUGUGACGUGCUUGCACAUUGAUGCCAUGAGCCCUGACUCUUUUCUGGCCCAUUUCCAGCAUUUCGAGAACAACUUCUCCUUGCUUUCACCGUAUCAGGUUAAUUGUUUGGCGUGGAAAUAUUGGGAAGUUUCCAGAUCGUCUAUGCCGCCUUUCCUGUUGGUUGCACUCCCGGCCCGCUACUUGGCUUCUGUCCCCACCUCCCAGUGUGUGCCCUUUCUGAUCAGCCUGGGGAAGACUCAGUUGGACUCCUUGGCUUUAGAUUUCCACAAAAAGAAUUCAGUCCUCAGGAAAGUACAGCAGUGCCUGGAUGACUCCAUUGCUGAUGAGUACACUGUGGACAUCGUGGGGAACUUACUGUGUCACUUGCCGGCGGCCGUCAUCAGCAGAGGGAUCUCCCCCAGGGCCUGGGCUACUGCUCUCCAUGGCCUCAAAGACUGCCCAGACCUCAGCCCCCCGCAGAAGGCUGCAGUGCGGCUCAGGCUCCUGGAGCAGUGUGGAGAGGAGUCCUCACUAAUUAGGCAGUCCUCCUUUAGAAGUGUCACCGAGGAUAGUGCGAUGCACUUCAUCGUGGGCACUCGUGGUCUGUCCUUACCUUACACAUUAGAAUCACCAGAGGAGACUCCAAAAAGGACUAGGAAAGGACUCCAACCCAGACCAACCGACUCAGAAUCUCUGGGGUUGGAGUUUCCUGAUAUCCUUCAACAAACGGCUUCCAAGUUGACUGGGACCCUGCUCCCUAAAGGCUUCCUCUGGGCUGUCUUUGAAUCUAUUCGGAACAGCAGUGACGAGAGCCUCAGCUCUGACCCCAUCCCUGGCUGCCAUGGCGUCGUGGCUCCCUCUUCAGACGACAUCUUCAGGUUGGCCGAGGCCAAUGCCUGCUGGGCCCCUGAGGACCUGCUCUGCAUGGAGGAUGACACGUUCCUCAGGAAUGUGGAGCGGCUGGGGGCGGUCAGGGGGUUCAGCCAGGCUCAGCUGAUGGCCCUGAAGGAGAAGGCACUACAGGUUUGGGACAUGCCUUCUUUCUGGAGGGAACACCAGAUUGUCUCCCUGGGACGCAUCGCCCUGGCCCUGAGUGAGAGUGAGCUGGAGCAGCUGGAUCUCAGCUCCAUAGACACUGUGGCUUCUCUGAGCCAGCAGGCAGAAUGGAGCCCAGAACAGGCUAAAUCCAUUCUACAAGGAUUCCUGGAGGAUUCAGGCUAUAGUAUCCAGGAUCUGAAGAGUUUUCAUUUAGUAGGACUCGGUGCCACUCUGUGUGCUAUUAAUGUCACUGAAAUCCCACUUAUAAAGAUCUCAGAAUUCAGGUUGGUGAUUGCCAGAAUUGGGACCCUCCUCUGUAGCACCCGUGUGUUGGCUGAGUUUAAAAGGAAGGCAGAAGUUGUGUUUGGCGUUCCCACUAAGUGGACCAGCUCUGUUUUGCAGGAGCUUGGGACCAUAGCAGCUGGAUUAACUAAAGCAGAGCUCCGAAUGCUCAACAAGGAUUUGAUGCCAUAUUUCCAGCCAUCAGCAAUAAAGUGCCUUCCUGAUGAGAUAUUCAAAGAGCUGUCUCCAGAGCAGAUCGCCUUCCUGGGACCUGAGAAUGCCGCGGCGGUGACCCACACCCAGCGUCGCCAGCUCAGCAUGUUGCAGCUGCAGAGCCUCCAGCGGGCGCUAGAUGGAGCCAAGACUCACUCCUGGCUGGACGCUCCCGGGAGCGCCAGCCCCACCCGAACCCCUUCCUCCCCUUCUCCCGCAGGAGCGGCAGUCUCAUGGGGUCUUUGGCUUGGCUGCCCCCUGCUGGUUCUAAUGGCCAAGCCCCUGUGGUGA